AUGAAGCGCACGAGAUCUUCUAUUGAAGUCGCCAGAGUUUCUAGUGUUCUCUAUUUAGGAGAGACUGUUGUCUCUCGUAAAUUAAAGAGAUUUGAUUUUGACGCUUUCAAUGAGAUGAUUAUACCGACUGGUUUGUCGGAUGGAUGUGUCUCGCAAUGUAUUGAGUCGUUGGCUAAGGAGUAUGAUGAGGUGUUGUGCAAAGCUUUGGACAAGCUGGCACCUAAAAGAACUUGCACUAUUGUCAUUCGACCAAAUGCCCCUUGGUAUAAUGAGGAGAUUGCCGAGGGCUCGAACGUGAGUGGCGUUCGACUGGCCUCUAAAUUGAUGGGGAGAGAACAGCUGGGGGAGCUCACUAUGGAGGAUUUUGAGUGUACAUCAUGCUUUAGCGAGUUCGCCACGGUAACAGAUGAAAAUGUCUUAGGACUGAUUAGGGGUUCAAUCAAGGCAUGCGCACUAGAUCCAUUUUCAGCGAGUAUCAUGCGGAAAUGCUAUUCUAGUUUUUUUUCUGUAUUUAGAAGAGCGAUUAAUCUGUCGUUAUCAUCUGGAGUGCUGCCCAAGGAACUUAAGUUUGCCCUGCUAUUACCUCUUCUCAAGAAGGUAAAUGCAGAUUUUGAGCAGUUUAGUAACUUUCACCCUAUGUCAAAUUUAAAGUUUCUAUCUAAAUUAAUAGAAAAAGCAGUGUUUGUGCAAUCGAAUAACUAUCCUGGCGAAAAUGAUCUACAUGAGUCUCUCCAAUCAGCGUACAAGAUCUUUCAGAGUACAGAGACUGCGAUUCUCAUCGACACAAUUGACAUUAUGCUAUCAUUAGACAAAGGCGAGAAUGUUUUCCUUGCUUUUUUAGAUUUUUCGGCAGCAUUCGAUACUGUUAACCAUACCUUGUUGCUGGCACGACUGCAGAAAUCAUUUGGCAUCAGAGGAACUGUUCUGCGAUGGUUCAACUCCUAUCUUCCUGAUAGAACUCAGUUUGUUAACAUCAAUGAGGUGAAUUCUACAAUACGUGAUCUUACCGUGGGAGUUUCCCAAUGUUCAGUUCUGGGACCUGUACUCUACCUUCUGUAUACUGCGCCUCUUGCUCAAGUAAUAAGAUCUUAUGGCUUGGAUUAUCAUCCAUACGCUGAUGAUACUCAGUUAUACUUUGCAUUCGGGUGA